AUGGAAAAUAAUAGUAAUUGUAACCAUUGCCAAACAAUCAUAAAAGAAAUAAGAAAACAAGACAAUGUUAAUUUACAAGCUCAUGAGAAACAACCAAAUGAUGUUGGUACAAUAAAAUAUAGGGCAGACCAAGCCGGUCAUUGGAGGGGUGCUUUUAAUGGUUUUGAUUAUAUAAUCUUUGGUGUUGCUGUUGGUGCAUUUUCAAACAUUAAUAUGUCUUAUUUUUGGGCUACUAUUCUAACAAUAGGAUUAAACUUUUUUAUUCUCCUUGGAAGACAAGCUUUAAUGUGGGAAUAUGAUUUAAAAAAGCUUGAUGGAAAAUUAAGUAUAGAUGCAUCUUAUUUUAAUGCAUUAGCUCCAGUGGAUAGUGUAUAUGGAAAUAAAAGAGGCGUAUUAAUUGUCGUUAUAAUUGGAAUUAUCACAUGUACUGCUGGUUUAGUAGAACAAGCAAGAAUUUAUAAAGAUUCAUUUCAAACUCCUUAUUUUUAUUGGGAACCAUCACCAGAUUUCCAAUUAAAUCCAAUAUUCAAUAUGUUUGCAAUGAACCUUUUGAACCUUUUUUGUGCAUUUUUAAGUCUAUAUUUCUAUUUUAAAUUAACUGGAUGUGUUAGCUAUGAAUUUGACGUCAGAGGUCAAAAAUCCCUAUUUUUUUAUUCACCAUGUAUUGGAAAUAGAACCGUUAUUAUCAAUAAUGGAAAUAAUAAUCAAAAUCAAGGUGGUUCUAUUAGCCAAACCAAUAAUAAUACUUCUAACCAACCAAUAUAUUACCAUCCAAACAAAUUGGAACUUGUUAUGAUUUUGUUGGAUAAAAAACAUUUGAAUAUUUUUGCUAGGGAAUGCAGGGCAAAUCAUGUUUAUUUGGAAUUGGAAUUUGAUGAAACUAGAGGACGAAGAAUUUGUGGCAUAGAAUGA